GGAUAUAAUCGACGAGUACCCUAUUGUACGCGAUGUACGUGUGUAAGUGGCAGGUCCGCCCACUGCUCGUGUGGGGCGCUGUCUGGCCAAGACCCUGCCCCACCCGUCACUUUCCCCAACCUUUUUUUCCCAUAGCCACUGCCCAGGUGGUCCAGAUCUCCAUCCACCACUCAUCACCGCUUCCCUUUUUUUUCUCCUUGACCAAACCACGAGAACAGUCAAACCCAGGAGAGUUCGACCGCAUUCUCCUUCCCCGGCGCCACCAAGCAAGGAUCAACCACCUCUACCACUACCGCCGCCACCCACAACAGAACCAUGGCGCAGGGCACAAUCAAGAAGACCUCGGUCCGCCCAGCCGUCUCCUCGACGGCAGGCGGUCGCAACAAGCCGCAGCAGCGACGUGGCGCCAAUGUCGCCAAGUCGAAGCGCACGACGAGCGCGGACAAGCUGCAGAAGAAGUACGCCGCCGGGCUGACGUCGCGGACGGAGAAGCUGCUGGGCGAGCGGGCGGGCCACCUGGAGCUCAUCGGCAAGGGCAAGAAGGCCAGGCUCGAGAAGGGCAAGGACGGCGCCAAGAGCAAGACUGGCGGGACGAAGAAGUUUGGCUGAGAAGGCGCACAGGGAUGCUACAUUCACGACGCCCCGAGGUUCAUGGCAAUGAGGCUGGAAGAGACGAGCUCGGUCUCGGU